AUGAGCUGGGCACUUUUUAGUGGCCUGCAGGACAGCCUGGACAAGAAGCUCUUCGGACAGCACCUCGUGAGCAAGGUGAUCGUGAAGGCCGUCAAGGGCUUCUUGAAUAACACGAAUCCCAAAAAGCCCCUGGCCCUCUCCUUGCACGGCUGGACAGGAACAGGCAAAAACUUUGUCAGCAAGAUCAUUGCUGAAAGCAUUUAUAAAAGAGGCCUCAAGAGUAAAUACGUGCACCAGUUUGUGGCCACGUUGCAUUUUCCUCAUGCAGACAACAUCAACCUGUACAAGGACCAGCUGCAGUCGUGGAUUCGGGGAAACGUGACCCUCUGUCCCAGAUCACUCUUCAUAUUUGAUGAAAUGGAUAAAAUGCAUGCGGGACUUAUUGACUCCAUCAAACCUUUUUUGGACUACUACGAGCUGCUAAAUGGAGUGUCGUACCGCAAAGCCAUGUUCAUAUUCCUCAGCAAUGCAGGAGCUGAAAAAAUAACAGAAGUGGCACUAGAUUUUUGGAGAAAAGGAAAAAUGAGGGAAGAUAUACAGCUCACAGACAUACAAAACGCGCUGUCUGUGUCUGUCUUCAACAACAAGAAUAGUGGUUUUUGGCACAGCACCUUGAUUGACAGAAACCUCAUCGACUACUUUGUUCCCUUCCUGCCUCUGGAAUACAAACAUGUGAAAAUGUGUGUCAGGGUUGAGGUGGAAUCACGUGGCUACGCUGUGGACGAAGACAUUUUGAGCAGAAUAGCCGAUGAGAUGACCUACUUCCCCAGAGAAGAGAGAAUUUAUUCAGACAAAGGGUGUAAAACUGUGUAUGCCAAACUGGAUUAUUACUAUGACUUCUGAUACCUUAUUGCUGCAAUCUUCAAAGAAGGAAAUUAACUUAAUCACAAAGUGGAGAAACCGGGACAUUUCAUUUUUAAGCACUUUUUUUUU